GUCGGCCCAUUUACGUUAACGUCAGUGGAGAUAAGAUGUUUGCGUACCACGCCCCUCAGAGCACUGACUCGCCAACGAACCAGGUGGACAGCAGCCCAUAUUUGGAAAGCUUCGAAAUGGCGGCACCCAACCCUGCCAAGGCACUCAAAUGGCGCGACAUGUUUGUUAAAGCAGCGGAAGAGUGGCGACUGCAAGAGGCCACACGCAUCAUGCACGUCAUCAGCAUACAGGUCAAGAGCGUCAUCAUUCCUAGGUACGAGAAGGACCCGGCCAAGCAACUGACCGUGGACCUGUCCUUUGACAAUGAGGUGGUGCGCCAACUGCCAUGGGUCACCAACACCAAACCAACGGAAUGGAAUUGGCUGCAGGUUAUCAAGUUCUACAUCGAGUCAUCCUUCGAAAGCAUGACACUGACGGUCAGUACCAUCGCUUAA